UCCACACCACCCCAUCCUUUGUCCCUCACCUCCCUGCCCCUCCCCCAGGGCUGCUGUCAGAGGGAGGCUCUAACCCAGCAGGCUGCAGAAAGGACCCACAGGCCAGUGAUCAGGGGCUCGGCUCAGCGCGAAGGCAGGACAAUGGCGGAUGAGGAUAUCUAUGAGAACAUGCCGAUGACAGAAGCUGCUCCCCAGCCCAAAGGAAACCCUUCCAAGACAUCGGUCCCUUGGCAGCACAGGGCGCGGGGCAUCGUCUCUGCUGUCCUUCUCCUCCUGGGUCUGGCCCUGGCCACGUCCCUCCUUGCUGUGACACUUCUAUAUCUCCGGGGACAGAGCAAGCUGCAAGCGGUUGAAGAAGCGGUGCAGAAGCUCCAAGUCUCUCUGCAGCCUGACGACGCCUCGGAUGCAUCAGCAAAGGGAUCGGACAGUCUGCAGCUAUUGGAUGAAGCGCAGGCAGGAGUCCGGCUGCUGAAAGCCCAGCUGGGUAACGUCAAUGCAGCGUAUGGAGAAAUCCAGAUCCGUCUGGACAGCGUCAGUGCAGCAUAUGCAGAAAUCCAGAUCCGUCUGGACAACAGUGCAGCGCAAGCAGCAGUGCAAGGUCGCUGCUGUGACAUGCUGAAAACGGGGUUAUCCGGAUGCUGGAGGUUUUACGGUGGGAACCUGUAUUACUUUUCACAAGGAAAAAUGUCAUGGGACAAAGCCGAGCAGUACUGUGUGUCUUGGAACUCACACCUGACCUCUGUAUCCUCCCAGGCGGAACAGGAGUUUCUCUCCAGCGAGACCAAGGGACAAGAUCACUGGAUUGGACUCACCGACCGGGAGACAGAAGGCAGCUGGCGCUGGGCGGAUGGCACAGAAUACAGAGCAGACGCAAGCAGGGGGUUCUGGGCGGAGAAUGAGCCAAACAAUCACGAUCCAAAGAACGAUGGUGGAGAAGACUGUGUUCUCACCGACCCAGGAAACCGGAAUUUGUGGAAUGAUUACAAGUGCACUCAGCCUUUCAGGUGGAUUUGUAAGCGGGCCCAUGGAUAGGCUGGGCUGUGACAUGCAUGUCCCAGCUCCUCAGAAAGUGCCUUAAUUUCCAAGCUAUGGAGCAUGUUUUCCAGUCACCUGCCGAUGAGGAGCCCUGGGCACUGGAGGGGGCCACAUGGGAUGUGCAUCGCAGGGACGCUUUGUCUUGCUGUGAUAUUUCUGGCUUUAGCAGCGACAGCUGCCCUUAUGCUGCUCAGUGUGGCUGGCUCUGUAAUUUGUAUGUUUCCAGGUCUAUCGCUUAAUAAAAUCCUUGGAUCGUGG